CAAUAUUUUUUUUUUGCCGAAAAGGCUUUUCCUAUGGCUUUUAAGUGCGUAGUGCAAAAAAAAAAAAAGAUAGAAAAAAAACUGGCCAAAAUCGGUCCGGUGGUGGGGGUGUGAAAAAAAUCAUAAAUUUUAAAACAGUUCUUUUCAUAAAACGAUGCCCCCCACCACCACUUCAUUUCGAAGGCAGGGAUGAAAAAAUUGGAUAAAAUUCUCAUCAAAAAAGAGAAAAUCCAACUUAUGUGGGCGUCCUGAUCCGAAACUCCGCCCCUUAACAACCCUAAAGUCAAUAGAACUCCACCACCACCACCACCACCACACUUGAACAUUCAACGUUAAUAGUUCUUUCAUUUAAAAGUGAUAAAUUAUUUUCUUUGACACUCGAAGUUCUCAUUUUAUGCCUCACAGUCGUCAAUAAACUCAUUGAAACAGAUCACAAUCCACUUGUUUAAUUUUUUAGACGUUAAAAAAAAAGAAACCCAACUUAAUGCCGCUCUCCUGUUGACUUAAAACUCUCCAACUAAAGUAUUUUUGUUGAAAGUUCUUUUUUUAUGAACUUCACUGCGAUUCAAUUUCAACAAAACAAUCUUUUAAAUUUACUUUUUAGGUGGCAUUGUACCAUUGAAUCGACACAUCCACCAACACUUCCUGCAUACACGAAUAUACAGCUAGAAUUUUUUCAGCGCCUGUCUUGUAAAAUAUAUUUACCCAUUUUUAAGGAGAGAAUAUCUUGGACACUUUAUUGACAAUCAAACCACAAUUUCGUUGUUCUCACCGGGUCUGUGAGGUUCUCCAACCACAAUCUUAACCGUUCUUUAUAUUUUAAUUACAGUCCUACAAUUAUGUUGUGAAACAUCGUAUUGUUCAAAACAUUUGGAGAGUAUACCGUCAGUUAAUUACUAUUCUUUAGUGAUUAACUGGACAGAUACCUUAUUCAGGGAACCACUACUUGUUGCGAAAUAAUUUGUAAAAUCCUUGAUUUACUGGAAGUUGUAUUUUCUGUAGUUCCAGAUAAACAAGAGCUACUGAAAUGUUGGUUGCAAACAAAUCAAUGUCUAUCUUCAAGACUUCUCACAAGAAUUUGAACAUCCAAGGAAAUGGGUUACCUUUAACGAAUCAUUCAGCACAACAGAAAUUGUCUGAAUGUUCUUUAACAGCUGGACAACUUCCAUAUAUCCAGUCAAAGAAAACUUAUUUACGGAACGAUAAACGAGAAUCGCUCCCCACUGUCUAUCAACAAUGGAAGCAAUGUCAAAGAAGUGAGAAUAUUUCUGAUAUUUCCCUCUGUCCCUCAACCAGUCUCUCUUAUGAAGUUUCAGCAUCCAAAUGUUCCAGUGUGGGCAAAAACCCAAUAUAUUCCAGACAUUACAAAGCUGUGGUGAAUAAGGACUGUUACCCAACGAAGGACAUUGACCUGCAUUCUGGACAAAACAAGUGCUUCAGUGAAACAAAUGGCAGCUGUUACAAUUCUGCGACAUUCCUACUUCCAAUACAACAGAAGCAGAUCACCAUUCCACCAGCCCAUGUUAACACCCUUAAUGUGGUGCUCAAUGGCAAGAAGAUGGAAAUGGAAGAACGUUUAGGUUUGAUGCGAGGGAACAGACUUCUGAAACAGCAGAUAUUUCAAGAUUAUACCCAUAAUUUAUUUCCUGGCAAAGGAUUCAAUUUACUCCAACCACAGGGAACUUUCAAAUCAAGAGGGAAAAUGUUGCUUGAAGAGGAAAAAGAAUUAUUUCAGAGUCCCACCAAACCACCACUUAAAAAGCCCUUUGAUAUUGAAAUCAAAUCACACAAGCAACCAUCAAGGUCUAUUUUACCUCCAUUGGACAGACAUCAUACUCUUUUAGAAGCUCCAAGAAAUAAAAAUAAUGAUAUAUCUUUAGGUGGAGAUAUCCAUGGAAACCUGAUGAACAGCAUGAGUUUAUCAUCAGAUAAAUCAAAGAAUUUUCUGUCUGCUGACAUCAAAGAUGGUCCUGAAGUGGAGUCCAAGGAAUCGACUGCAAGUACCUUUCUUGAUCUGCAGAUUCUAAAGGAAUUGGGUCAAGGCAAUGAAGCAAUUCCAGUGCCCAAGAGUGAAACUAAAACAUCCCAAGAAGAACAACAACUGCAACAGCAACAAGAUCCACUUCAGGAAGAAAAUCAAGAUCAACAGCAAUCUGAUAUUUCAUUGUCAUGGACUUUAACAGAUAUAGGGGAUAUAAAUUCUGGUGAAAAAGAUGUACUGAAAAAGACCUUUAACAGGCUGGACACAGAUAAAGAUGGUCAUAUCCUUUAUACUCAAUUGAAAUCUCAACUCCCGGAAAAGUUUUCUACUUCACAAGAAAAAUUCAUUAAAGUAGUUUAUGAUAUAACUUCCCAGAAUACAUUCUUUGGUCUGAUGGAAUUUAUUGCCAUGAUACAGCUCACAAAAGCAAUAGAAGAAUUAAGUGACUCAGCUAUAGAAGCCUUCAACUUAUUGAACUUUACCCACCUUCAGCAAGAUCUUCUUGAAUAUUUCAUAAAAUUCAAAUCUGGAGAUUCUGAUUGUAAAGGAUCCAUUUCUCUAGAUUCCUUGAGUCAGUUAAUUUCAGUAGAAUUGGGGUCAGAUCACCAGAUGGAACCAUUGAUAUGGAAUCACAUUGUAGAAAAUAUUUCUCUUACAGAUGCUACCAAUAUAAAGAAGACCAAUUUCUUGGCCCACAUUCCAUAUUUUCUUUCACUGAAAAAUAAAAGUAAAUAAGGUUUAUUAAAAAAUACUGCUCGUUAUAUAUUUUUUUCUCUCUCUUUGUUACUUUGUGAAUGUCUGUGAUUUGAUAGUCUACUUUCUCCCUCUAUAUGUUGAUCUUUAUGUAGAGUCAACAGUAUGACAGCCAGCUAGAUGAUAUUAUAACUGGGCAACAAUUAGCUGGAGUAAAUUCAGUGACUGGGAAUGGUGUUGCUUUUUAGCUCCAAAAUUGUCCCUGAUCAAACAAGCCUUUUCA